AGUGUCUGCUGGAGAUGUUUCACUCACAGUUUUCGCUACCUUUCCUCAUGUCCUCUUGGGAGUGACGUAUCCGCUCCCCAUCACUCAUUAUCAUACGAGUGGAAGUGUGUGUGUGUGUGUGUGUGUGUGUGUGUGUGUGUGUGUGUGUGUGUGAUGUGAGCGUCUCUACAGGACACACACACACUUGCGCCGGUGCAGAGAAAGAGGACAGAUAAAUGGAUCCAAUGCAGCCCAUUGAAAGCUGCUCUAUGCCAGAAGGACCUACUGGAGUCUUAGGGCUCCACAAACCACCAGUCUCAGCCCUGCUUGGAAACCCCUGCAAACUGCCUGCAUCCUCAAACUGCCAGAUGGUCAUGACUGGAAACCCACCAGUGUUGGGACAGACCCUGGCACUGCAGACAAAUCCAGCCAUUCAGGAGAGAGUCAGACCAGACUCAACCGCACAAUCCACAAAUUGCAUCAGCAUCAGUCGACCCAGGCCUACGGCACUGGGUACCAAGGCAACAAUCAAAGUCUCCAAACCCACUGAUCCUUCAUUGCAGGCUAAAGCUAUGGGAACGCCCAACUUCUUGUCGCACUGCCCAACCGAAUCACCAUUGCCUUAUUGCAACCCCCCAAACCCGCUGAGCCCCACUUCUCAACUCGGUUUUAACCCCCCAUCCAUUCCCCCAACACUUCCAAGCCCUCCAUCACAGCCCAUCCGUGCCAAGACACAAAAUAACCUAAUCGCCAGACCAGUCCCCAACCCAAACCCCAGUCCCCUUUCUAACCACAUUCCUCAACCAGUCCUAAGUCCAGAAACACAUGUACCCAACGCAGGAGACACUACUGACAAUAAGUUGAACAAGACCUUCAGCGAAGAGGGUGAUUUCAGAGUGCAUAUUGUCACAUGGAAUGUUGGCUCCGGUAUACCACCUGAUGACAUCACUUCCUUGUUUGGGCCUGGUGUUGAAAAUGGGAGCACUGACAUGUUUGUUGUUGGACUGCAGGAAGUAAACUCCAUGAUAAACAAGCGGCUUAAAGAUGCUCUCUUCACAGACCAGUGGAGUGAGCUCUGCAUGGACACUCUCAGUCGUUUUGGAUAUGUGUUGGUGGCCUCUCAGAGGAUGCAGGGGGUUUUCUUACUGGUGUUUUCCAAAUUCUGCCACCUUCCCUUCCUCAGGGGAGUACAAACCCAAAGCACACGCACAGGCUUGGGCGGCUACUGGGGGAAUAAAGGGGGCGUGAGUGCACGCAUGAUGGUUUUCGGACACCCUGUGUGCUUUCUCAACUGCCACCUGCCGGCUCACAUGCGUAACCUCGAGCAGCGGAUGGAGGACUUUGAAAGCAUCCUACAGCAGCAGCAGUUUGAGGGCAGCACCGCUGUGGGCGUGCUGGAUCACGAUGUGGUGUUCUGGUUUGGUGAUCUGAACUUCCGAAUCGAAGGUUAUGAUAUUCACGUGGUGAAAAGUGCAAUUGAGAAUGACAAACUGCCUCUACUGUGGGAAAAAGAUCAGCUCAACAUGGCGAAAAAAAGUGAAUCCGUUCUGGAGGGAUUUAUGGAAGGAGCCCUGAAAUUCCCGCCAACUUACAAGUUUGAUGUGGGGACACACACUUAUGACACAAGUGCAAAAAAGAGGAAACCUGCAUGGACAGAUCGCAUCCUGUGGCGUCUGCGCAGGACAGGCUCCCCCGUGCCGUCUCAUUAUUCCGCCCUGCAGCGGGGUCUGACAUCAUGGCUGGGCGGCGCCACCAGAGUUUCCCAGCACUUCUACCGCAGUCACAAGGGGUUCACUAUUAGUGAUCACAAGCCAGUGUCCGCCCUCUUCUCUUUGCAUUUUCCCUAUAAGGUGAACCUACCAUUAGUGACACUGGAAGUGGAGAAAGAAUGGACCAAGUUCUCUGAUGCUACAGCCAAACUCACAAUGGCACAUGGCUUUCAGAGGAGUUCAUGGGACUGGGUGGGACUGUACAAGGUGGGAUUUAAGCACUACAAGGAUUACGCUGCAUAUGUAUGGGCCAAAUCUGAGCAUUCGACGCAGGUGACAUUUUCUGAGGAAGAUUUGCCUAGAGACCCAGGGGAAUAUAUUCUGGGAUAUUACAGUAACAACACGAACAGCAUCGUCGGAGUGACAGAACCAUUUCAGGUGCAGCUUCCCAUGUCCACACCACCUGCACCAGCAUGUCGUUCGCACUCCGACAGCUCAGAUGUCAGCUCUGAAGAUGACAGUACGCUGGUCCUGUUGGCUCCCUGCUCUCGUAGCCCCAGCCCUGGAAACCACAGCAGCAAACGGCAUCACCACCACCAGAAGCGGCAGCGCAGCCGCAGCCCCGCCGUACCUGCACUCUCCGCAACGCCCCUUCCCUCCCUGCAGUCUCUCAGCCUGUGCCCACGUCCCCGUGACGGCCCCGCACGGAGCUCCUCCCCGCACCCUUCAGCCAAUGCCAAGAAAGAGCGUCUGGUUUCUCCAGACACAUUAACCUCGCCCUCCCUCAGUCCUCUUAGUCCACGGAGCCCUGUGUCUCCCGGGAACGGAGUCAGCGCUCCAGAGGCUCUGAUAGCGGCCAUUUUAGGAGAGCCCAGGCCCGCUCCAAUAGGAAAAGCAGGGGAUGUGAUUCUCUGACCAAUCCCCCACCCCUUCCUUUCGAUUCAUUUCUAGACUUUAGCAGAUAUUGUAAUGCAACUAUAGAGAAAUGACCUGUUUCAGGUCGUCCUCUGCCGCUUUUAAGACCUGCAGCUGUUUGUGAUCUCAUGCCUUGUCGUGCUUAAUCUUUCACAAACUCUUCUUUGGUUCUCAGUGGCUUUGCCAGUAGAGGUUCAACUGGCCUAUCCAUUUUACAUUAUUUAUUAAUGGCCCUGUUUCCACUUGGUAUUAAGAUGCGUUUUGGUCGAUCAGAUCACAAGUGGACGAUGCUAAAUACAGGAUUGCUGAUUGCCUUCAUAGCGGAAACGCUUAUGUGGUCGAAUGUGUUCGAACAUCCACUAAAGACCGCCUACUCUCUGCCUACUGACCUAACGCGUAAACAUUAUGGGAAACAUGCUAGCCAGACAGGAUUUAAACUUUCUUGGCUGAAGAAGUUUGGUUUGAAGAUGAAAAACAUACCAAGCACAAUGUUCUCACACCAUUUCUAACACACACUCACUGUGUUCACCGUGGUUUUGCGGCUGUCAGAGCAGAAAAGUUUUUCCAUCAUCUCCGGGUGCGUUCAUGUGUAAAUUGCACAAGCUUAUUUUGUCCAUUAGAUCAAAAGAUCUGAAAAAAAAACAUACAUUUACCCACAAAUAGCAAAAAAAAGAAAAAAAAAGAAAAAGAAAUCAGGACAGAAGUGGUUGAAAUUGGACAAAAGUGACAGAUUAAAUUACUAGGUGGAAACGGGUAUGUGUCUCCAUCGUCUACUUGUGAACCGAUCGAUUAAAGUGCAUCUUAAUACCAGGUGGAAACAGGGUCAAUGAUAGAUUGUAAAUGGUGACAGUACAACAGUGCACGUUCGCCUUAUAGUGCAGGACAACCUGACCCAAGGUAAAACUGUGCUGUUACCGUAGAAUCAAAGCAAACAGUGAUGUCAGCAUUCAUCUCAGCCUUUACUCUUAACUAGUGGUUGACUGGAUUUUAAUGCCCAAUGUCUAGAAAUUGUUUAUUGUGGAAAAUUAACACAAUUUCCUUUGUUAAAAUACAGUAUCUCACAGAAGUGAGUACACCCCUCACAUUUUUGUAAAUAUUUUAUUAUAUCUUUUCAUGUGACAACACAGAAGAAAUGACACUUUGCUACAAU